AUGUUAUUCAAAUCAUUACAAUCAAUCAGUUCUGUUAAAUCAGUUUCCCAAAAGAGUCAAUUAACAAACACAAUUAAUUCAACUCAAUUUGGUUCAAAUUCUAAUCAACUAUUAGCCGUUGCUGCAUGCAUUGAUUUAAAUCUUGCUCCAUUAUUAUCUGCUCAUAUUGAUGCUUUCAUUAGCCUUUAA